AUGACAAAGAUGGGGCAUCUAACCCAACAACAGCAUCUGCUACAUCCGUGGCAAAGCGUAAGGUACUGCAUUUCGUCAUGCCCUGAUUUGCAUUAUGUUACCAAUUCCAUUUUUAGCUUUCUCAACCCAACCGGAACACCAACUGCUGGGUCAGGUAGAUCUCCUUCAGUAGGCGGUCCACCAACGAGUGAGCCAAACAAGGAUAAUCCAGCUUCAACCGUAUCAAAUGCUAUACCGUCCAAUGUAACAUCUACCUCUGCAGCAUCUACUCAGUUUCCGCAAACUCUUUCUGGACCAGGUCUUCUUCUUAUCAAGAUUCUCGAGACUCGCAAACUAAUGAUGCCAGAUGGGUCUAGCGUACAGCUCAGUGGAUCUACUGGAAAGGAUGAUGGCUUGCUGCCAUUUGCCAUCAUUGAAAUGGACAAAAUGGAAGUUCUUGCCAAGGCUAUCGAUGGCAAUUCAAGCACUACCUUGGCCAACUGGCAAAGUCGCGCCAAUUUCGAUAUCAGCCGACCUUGUGAAGCUACAAUUUCAAUCUACGUCCCGGGUCCAAACCGAUCUGAAGUGAUGAUUGGCUUAGUGCGUAUCAAACCAACGUUUGUUGAUCAGAAACUUGAAGAGCACUGGUUUCCACUUGUGUCCAUGAAUGGGAGUGACAAGCCAGAGUCUAUUGGUGAAAUUCGUGUUCAAUUUGUUUUUCGAGUAGCUAAAAACAAGCAUCUUGCAGUGGAAGAUUUUGAAUUGCUUAAAGUAAUUGGUAAAGGUAGUUUUGGUAAAGUCAUGCAGGUACGCAAAAAGGACACUGGCCGCACCUAUGCCAUGAAGAUCAUUAAAAAGGCUCAUAUUGUGGAACGCGACGAAGUCUCUCAUACGCUAGCCGAACGCAAUGUCCUGACCAAACUCCAACAUCCCUUUAUCGUUCCACUCAAGUACUCGUUUCAAAGUUCCGAAAAACUCUAUCUGGUACUUGCUUUUGUGAAUGGUGGUGAGCUGUUUCAUCAUUUGCAGCAAGAGGGAAAAUUCAGUGAAGAUCGCGCAAAGUUUUAUACUGCCGAGCUACUCUGUGCACUCGAGUGUCUGCAUGGUUUGAAUAUUAUUUACCGUGAUUUGAAACCAGAAAACAUUCUACUGGAUUAUUCUGGUCAUAUUUCCCUGUGUGAUUUUGGGCUUUGCAAACUUAAUAUGAAGGAAGGCAACAAAACCAAUACUUUUUGCGGCACACCCGAAUACCUUGCUCCCGAAGUCCUUAUUGGCCAAGGUUACACCAAAUCGGUAGAUUGGUGGACCCUCGGCAUCCUGCUCUAUGAAAUGCUUUCAGGUCUUCCACCUUUUUAUGACGAAAAUACCAACAUCAUGUAUCGCAAAAUUCUGCAGGAUGAACUCAAAUUCGGCGAUGAUAUGUCACCCGAUGCGAUUAAUUUGCUAUCAAAACUUCUAAAUCGGGAUAGUGCAGCGCGAUUAGGCGCUAACGGUGCGCAGGAAAUUAAAUCUCAUCCAUUUUUUGCUGAAGUCGAUUGGCGUAAACUCAUGGGUCGAAAAUAUGCUCCUCCAUUCCGCCCCAACGUUGCAUCUGCUACAGAUACGUCCAAUUUUGACGAGGAGUUUACGGCGGAAGCACCUACAGACUCUUUGGCAGAAACUUCACAGCUGUCAGAUGCUGUCCAGCAACAAUUCCAAGGAUUUACCUAUCAGGCUACGGAAGCAAUUGCCGGAUCCAUUGCUGCUGGUAGCAUGAUGGGCGGAACCAACAGUGCUAUUUCUGGAAGUUAUGCCCCUCAACGUCCAGCUGGUGGUAUGAGAGGUGCUCGUUAA